AUGACUGCUUGCUAUGACGGGUGCAGCUGCCUCACAGAUAUAAAAUAUAUCAACUGUUCGGGUGGGAAUCUUACCACUCCUCUUAGGAAUGUCCCCCACAACACAGAGUACCUGGACCUGUCCAGAAACCUGUUGACAGUGGUCCAAGCAGGUUCAUUUGGGACCCUGUGGAGCCUGAGGGUGCUCCUUUUAAAAGAGAACAACCUCAGCCAUGUAGAUGACGGAGCUUUCUCCUCCCUCCAGGGGCUGAGGAGGCUGGACCUGAGCGGUAACCACCUUUCUGCCCUGGGGCCUGGCUUCUCCCUGGGCCUUGAAUCCCUAACCGAGCUCCUGCUGGAUCACAACCAUCUCACCGUCCUGGAGAGUGGGACCUUCCACAGCCUGGAUAGCCUCCAGAAGCUGGACCUGAGCAGCAACCUAAUCUCCACAGUAAAGCCCAGAGCCCUGGGUUACCUGACUGGCCUGCGCCAGCUCCACCUGGAGGGGAACCAUCUAACCUCCCUGGGUUCAGGCCUCUUCUCCACACUGCGCUCCCUGGAGGUGCUGGGCCUUCGGGGGAACUUGAUCAGCUCCACUGAGCCAGGAGUCUUCGCCCCUAUGUCUUCCCUAACUCUGCUGGACCUGGCCCUCAACCGUCUAAGCACCUUGGGCUACAGGACCCUGUUGAGCAUCCACACCCCCAGCCUCCAUGUCCUGUUGGAGGGCAACCCCUGGCACUGUGAUUGCGACCUGCAGAGGGUGUUCAGGAAGUUGUCCAGCAUCCACAGGGUCUUCCUGGAUGACUACCAGGAGCUGAGGUGCAGCCAGCCCACCGAGCUACAGGGCAGGUCCAUGGGAGAAGUGGAUGAUGAGCUGUGUGUCGGAGAGACUGUGACAGUGCUCAUUCUGACGGUCACCGUGGUGAUCACCGUGGUAGCUGCCAUUAUCAUGGCGGAGAAGAACAAGAAGAAUAGCGUGGCUAAGAACUGGGAGGAGAGCGUGGGGCUGGACACCUACUGUGACAAUUACAAUUAAGGCUGUCACCUCCUCAUGAUACAAUAAUGAAAACUCACUGUGCCUCAGUUCCCAAUGUGGUUAGAUCUGAUCUGAUUAACAACAUGGAAUGCAAGCAGAUUUUCUUUAGAUAACUAUAACUAUUCUCAAAGAGAUUCACCCUCUUAGCUUGUAGAAUAGGAAAUCUCGUAUUGAUUCCCUAUAUAAGGCAGUGAAAGACUUGCUUGACAAGUUACUAUUUCGCUGUGACAGUUGACAUGGCCACCGUUAGGGGCAGGAUAACUAACCCAUGCCUGCAGACUGCUCUUUAGUAAUGCAAUCAUUACAGUACAAUAAGGGAAGAUGAGAGUUUAAAAGUUAUUGACAAAUUCCAAUCAUGCAUAUGUUUUGUAAUCAUUUCCUACACCUCAAAAUGACAAUGUUGAUACAUAUAUCCUUUACAGUGCCUUCAAAAACUAUUAAUACCCAUAGACUGAUUCCACAUUUUGUUGUGUUGCAGCCUGACUACAACAUGGUUUAAAUAGAGUGUUUCUCUCACCCGUCUCCAAACAAAACCCCAUAAUGACCAAGUGAAAACAUGUUUUUACAACUGUUUGCAAAUUCAUUGAAAAUGAAAAAUAGAAACAUCAAAUUCAAGGAAAAUCAACAU